AUGCGCCAUGUCCGGGACACCUGCAAAACCCUACCUGCUGUCGUGGCUGCGCGGCACGCACCGCUAGUGGCACCGCGCCGCUGGCCGUCCAGCGGCAGCGUGCUGCGCGGCGCGCGCUUUGCUUCUGCGCUCACGGAGGUGCAGUCCCUGACCAAGGAGCAGCCGGACUCAACAGCGCCGCCGCCGCACGUGCACGCGCCCGAUACCGUCGUCCUCGACGUCGGCAACAUGAAGUGCGGCGGCUGCUCCGCCGCGGUGAAGCGCAUGCUCGUCGCUCAGCCGGGCGUGGCGGCGGCGGCGGUCAACCUGUUGACCGAGACGGCCGCCGUCCAGUUCAGCGGCGACGCCGCCGUCCUGGGGCCCGCGGCUGCAGAGCUGCUCACCUCCAAGGGCUUCCCUGCAAAGAUCAGGACCCCGGAGAAUGCCGCGAUCGACUCGGACGCAGCCGAGGCGAAGCGGCAGGAGGAGGCGCGCCGCAGCAACCUUAACCUGGCGGUGGCCUGGGGCCUCGUGCUGAUCUGCUGCAGCCACCACGCGGGCCACGUGCUGCACGCGCUCGGGUACCACCAGUUCGCCCACUCGGCCUUCAUGGACGCGAUGGGCCAGCCGCUGGUCAGCGGCGCACUCGGCGCGUUUGCGCUGCUGGGGCCCGGACGCAGGCUCCUGAUCGACGGCUUCCGGGCGCUGUGGCUGGGCAACCCCAACAUGAACUCCCUCGUCGGCGUCGGCUCGACGGCCAGCUUCCUCGUGGGCGCCGCCAGCUUCCUGGUGCCUUCCCUGGGGCUGGACACCGGCUUCCUGGAGGAGCCCGUGAUGCUGCUGGCCUUCGUCCUCCUGGGCCGCGCCCUCGAGUCCCGGGCCAAGGUGCAGGCCGCCUCUGACCUGAAGGCCCUCGCCCACCUCAUCCCCGCCACGGCGCGGCUGCAGCUCGACCCCGGCGCCGCGCCGGGCGCCAAGCCCGGGGCCGACGGGCGGGGGCCGGCGGUGGAGUACAUCCAGGUGUCUACGCGGUCAGUGAGGGCCGGCGACGUCGUGCGGGUCCUGCCAGGCGAGCGCGUCCCAGUUGAUGGCGAGGUGCUGGAGGGCCAGGCCGCACUGGACGAGUCCAUGCUCACAGGGGAGAGCGUGCUGGUGGCCAAGUCAGUGGGCAGCCGCGUGUCGGGCGGCACCGUCUGCUACGAGGGGCCGCUCACCAUCCGCGCCACCACCACUGGCGCAGACUCGACGCUCGCAGGCAUCGGCCGGCUGGUCGCCGAGGCGCAGUCGCGCGAGGCGCCCGUGCAGCGGCUCGCCGACUCGGUUGCGGGGCGCUUCUGCUACGGCGUCAUGGCGGCGUCGGCCGCCACCUUUGCAUUCUGGCAGUUUAUCGGCACGGAUCUCUUCCCCUCCGCGCUCGCCGCCGCCCCCAACGGCACCGCCCUCCUGCUCAGCAUAAAGCUCGCAGUGGACGUCCUCGUCGUCGCCUGCCCCUGCGCCCUGGGCCUUGCGACGCCCACCGCCGUCCUCGUCGCAUCCUCGAUGGGCGCCCGCCGCGGCCUGCUGCUGCGCGGCGGCGACGUGCUCGAGCGCGUCGCCGGGGUCCAGGCCGUCGUGUUGGACAAGACGGGGACGCUCACGCAGGGGAAGCUGCAGCUCUCGUCCGUCCGGCUCCCGCCCGGCGCCGACGCGGCCGGCGACAGCGACCGCGUCGUGUCGCUUGCAGCGGCCGUCGAGGCGUCGACGCGGCACCCGCUCGCGGACGCGGUCGCGGCGGCCGCGGCGGCGCGGGGGCUCGCGCUCCCCCGGGUCUCGUCGCCGUCGACGGUGCCCGGCUGCGGCGUGCGGGCCGAGGUUGACGGCGAGCCCGUCCUCGUCGGCCGCGCCGGCUGGGUGCUCGAGCAGCUGCCGGCGUCCGAGGCGGAAGCUGCUCAGCAGCUGCUCGCGGCGGGCGGGGCGGAGGGCGUGGAGAAGCAGACAGUGGUGGUGGUGGCGGCGGGGGGGCGCGUGCUGGGCGUGCUGGGCUUCAAGGACACCCUGCGGCCAGACGCAAUCAGCACAGUGGCGGCGCUGCAGGCGAUGGGCAUCAGGGUUCAUCUCCUCUCCGGUGACGACGACGCGACAGCCCAGGCGGUGGCCACGCAGGCCGGCAUCGCGGCGGGCGACGCGCGGGGGGGCAUGUCGCCCGCGGACAAGCUCGAGGCGAUCCGGCAGAUGCAGGCGGCCGGCAUCAAGGUGGCUAUGGUAGGCGAUGGCGUCAACGACGCGCCGGCGCUGGCGGCGGCCGACGUGGGCAUCGCUUUGAAGGGCGGGCUGGACGCUGCGGGGGAGGCGGCGUCUGUGGUGCUCAUGGGGGACCGCCUGGGGCAGUUUUCAAGAUGA